AUGGACGACUUUCGUGCCCAAAUUCUGAAAGAAACGAGAGAAUUGAUGCUCAAUGAGAAACAAAAUGAGGAAAGUUUGAAGUCUUGGAAUGGAAACGAGACGAAGGGAUUCGAAUUGCAAUUCGGUGGCGCGAAACGAGGCAUCCCUCAAAGUUCCGGAGUCAUUGGACAAGUUUUCAUAAGUGAAGAUGGUGGAUUCGAAGCGAUCAUCACUGGAUAUCUAGUGAAAAAUCGUCUUCGUUCAAUUGUGAAUUCGUUCACUCUCACUCCUUCAUCUUCUUUGAAGUCUGAGCUAACUGAAGGACUUCAUCCUCUUGUACUUGCAGUUGGAUCUGCUCUUACACUCAACCAUGUUUUGAUGUUGGACACUGUCCGCAAUCAAAUUCUCAAAUACUUAAUUCCAAAAGAUGUUGCCAGAGUGACGAGUUCCUGCAAAAUUGCAAAACAAGUUCUCACAUCAACAGCUGUAGACAAUACCUAUUGGAAGAAGAACUUGAAGAAUGAUUUCGGAGUUGAAAAAGUAACAAAUACGAUUAGAACUGGACGUAAAUUUUACGGAGUUUACUGCGAGGAAGCCAGAGCUCGCCGAAACCACAAUGCUGCUCAACCACGUCAUGAUAAUCCACUUCUUAUUGGAGUUCAUCAACCACGUGUUGACCCACUUCGUGUUCCUGAUCACAAUCCAAUGAGACCAAUUCAUCCAGAUCCAGAUGCUGAAUACUUCAAUCCUCUCGGAGGAUUCUUACCUCCAGGAAUCCCACGUGGCAAUCCGCAAGUUCCUGAUUUAUUCCAAGGCCCAGACCAUCCAGAUCUCAAUCCUCUGGGUGGCGGAUUUGGGGUUCCACGUGGAGGUGGAAUUCAGGGAAGACCAUUCAUGAGAGGGCCACCUGGGCCUGGAGGAUUCGGUGGUGGCAGUGGAUUCAUUUAA